UUGUCAAAAGCUGCUGUCAACGACAAGCCCUCUCGUUGUCACUCUCAACCUCAGCAGCCUGCUCCUCCGCUACCGCCAGCCACUUCGGCUAAUGUUAUUUGUUGUACUUCUAACGCGUGCCCAAAGUCCGUCAGUGGUAUUGUCCCUGCUUCCUCGUCGUUCAGCUGUGAUGAUAGCGGCGGCGGCGGCGUCGGCGGUGGCGAAGGAACCUGUCAUAUGGCCGGUGCCCCGCCGCCGGUAGUCAUGUCUUCCACGUCGCUGUCCCCGGUAACUUUUUCUUCCGGUAUUUCGCCGAUGGAUCCCGAUAUGCAGGAAAGGCUAAAGCUCGAACGAAAGCGAGCCCGCAACCGCGUAGCCGCCACCAAAUGCCGUCGAAGAAAGAUCGAGAAAAUCCUAGAACUUGAAGCAAAAGUGCAGGAGAUCUCGGAACAGAACGACGAGUUGGCUCAACGUGCCCAAAGGCUGCGCGGCGAAAUCGCCGGCUUGCAGCGCGUCGUCGCCGAACACUGCAGCAAAGGAUGUAAUGCUUUCUUCCAAAUGCAAAGAAACGACAACGAAAAAAAUAGCUAA